AUGAGUAAAUUGACAAGUGUCAUGUUGCUUGUGGUGGUGAUGUUCGCCAUCUUAGCACAUUUAUGCGCAGCACAAAGUACUUUCAGCACUACAAAUGAAUGUAAAUUCUGUAAAACUGCUGUUGAAAUGGUGGUUAGCAAAUAUGUCAAACCAGCAUUUGCUAAAGCCUUUUGUAGACGUAUGGGAUUUAAAUUCUGUACUAAACUUGAAACCUAUCUUGAAGGAGCUAGAUCAAUUAAACAUGCCAAAGAUUUGAAGAGUAAUUUGGCAUUGACAAUUUGUAAGGGUGCUUUAAAGAUUUGUUCCAAUAAGAACCAAAAGGAAACAACACAACAAGUUGAUGAAGUGACAUAUGUUUUCCAAAUUGUUGAUGGUCCAAAGUUUUUCAAUUUCACAGAACAAUCUGAUGCUUUCGACUCAAUUAAUGGAAAUGCCACUUUAUUUGGUUAUUAUUAUAAUAGUUCUGCUCAUUCAGUUUUUAAUGGAACAAUGAAUACUACUGGAGAUGUUUCAUUCAAUGGAACUCAUAAUGUUUUUGUUAAUGGAAGUUAUAUUCAUCAAAAUGGAUCAUUGUUUAUUGGAAACAAUUUGACAGUUAUUAAUGGAAGUGUUUCACAUAAUGGAUCUUUCCUCAUCACAAAUAAUACCUAUCACCAUAAUGGUAGCACCUUUAUGAAUGGUAGUAUUUCAAAUGAUUUUAUGGGAAUUAAUGGAACUUUGAAUUCUACUGGAUAUAUCUAUAUUUCUAAUUCAACUUUCUAUUCUAAUGGUUCAGUAACAAAGAAUGGAUCAAUUUCAUAUGGAAAUGGUACUUUUGAAGGAAAUGGAACUCAUUCACACUCUGGUGUUAUCAGAUAUCACAAUGAUACCAUGUAUCACAAUGGUUCAUUGAAUCAUAAUGGUACAAUGAAUUAUGGUAACGGUACAUUCUUCUCCAAUGGUUCAUUAGCUCACAAUGGUUCAAUUCAUUACAAUAAUGGUUCAAUUUAUCACAAUGGUUCAUUGAAUCAUAAUGGUACAAUGAAUUAUGGAAAUGGUACAUUCUUCUCCAAUGGUUCAUUAGCUCAUAAUGGUUCAAUUCAUUACAAUAAUGGUUCUGUUUAUCACAAUGGUUCAUUGAAUCAUAAUGGUACCUUGUAUUAUGGUAAUCAAACCUAUUUCAAUGUGUUUGGUAUCACAAUGGAUACCAUUUCUCACAAUGGUUCAUUGAAUCAUAAUGGUACAAUGAAUUAUGGAAACGGUACAUUCUUCUCCAAUGGUUCAUUAGCUCACAAUGGUUCAAUUCAUUACAAUAAUGGUUCAAUUUAUCAUAAUGGUUCAUUGAAUCAUAAUGGUACAAUGAAUUAUGGAAAUGGUACAUUCUUCUCCAAUGGUUCAUUAGCUCACAAUGGUUCAAUUCAUUACAAUAAUGGUUCUGUUUAUCACAAUGGUUCAUUGAAUCAUAAUGGUACCUUGUAUUAUGGUAAUCAAACUUAUUUCAAUGGUUCUACAUCUCAAAAUGGAAGUGUUUGGUACAACAAUGGAUCAAUUUCUUACAAUGGUUCAUUGAAUCAUAAUGGUACUAUUUAUUAUGGAAAUGGAUCAUUGUCAUCCAAUGGUUCAUUAUCUCACAAUGGUUCAAUUUACUAUAAUAAUGGAACUAUUAACCAUAACGGAUCAAUUGUUUACAACUCUAGUACUGGCUCUGAUUCAUCUCUUUGUUGGGGACAAUCCGUUUGCAUUCGUGGUGAUUAUACCUCUAGUGGUAAACUCAAUUCCAGUUUAUUCGAUAAUGCUGUUGGACUCACUGGUAACAUGACUGUAAAUGGUGAUUUGAUUAUCAAUAGAUCUUUCAAUGUUCAAGGUAACUUGUUCGUUAAUGGUACCCUUAGAUUGCACGGUUAUUUGAAUGUUGCUGCUGGCAGUUCAUUCACUUUGUGGGGUAAGAUUGUUGUGAAUGGAAAGAUUGUCGUCAGUGGAAAUCUCAGUAUUACCAGUUUGAAAUCCGGCAGAUUUAACAUUGAUUCUUCCAAUACUUUAUCAGUCAAUAACAGCAAUGUUUACUUUAAGGGAAAGAGUUUCAGCGUUUUCGUUAAUAGAAAUGGUGAAGGCACCUAUUCUGUUAAUAAGGAAGUUUCCACCCAUGCAAGAGGAUAA